AUGGAGAAAUCAUCGCGUGACUUGUAUAAGACUGGGGAGUGCAGCGACCUCACUGUCACCUGUCAAGGUCGCACGUUCCAGGUCCAUAAAGCUAUCGUAUUCCCGCAGUGCCCAUAUCUUGCUGCGGCCUAUGAUGGACGGAAGACGGUAGAUGAUACGAUUGAUCUCCCAAAUGAGAAGCCUGAGUUCGUGGCGCUACUCUUCCAGUUCAUCUACCUUGGCAAUUAUUCGGACGGAGAGUAUCUUGACGAAUUGCCCGCCGUUCAAACCAUGAUGGAAACAGAUAGCGUCGAUGGGGAAUUGUUGACGAAAGACCCAGAUACAAUCAUGUCUAUGAAGCUCGACAGCAAGGAGUACCUGAUAUACGCCGAAGACGUAGACGAUUCUUCCCUCGCCGACGAUGACACAGAAGACCCAAUAUACGAACCGGAAGAGGACACAGAUGAAGAGCCAUGUCAAUCUGAUGAACCUUUUGAAUCUGACUCUCAAUAUGAGUCUGACAGCCAAGAUGGUGUCAAAUUGGAAGAAGAAGGUGUUUGCGAAGCCUCAAGCCACCAAGGUCUGGUAACAUCUCAAGUGGAGACCAUGGACACCUCUAAUGACUCGGAUCACAAACUUGUCAUCCUAUCUAUCAGGAAAAAGGAAAAAGAGGAAGAGAAUGCUGUGUCUCAUCCCAAACAUCCUUUAUCCACGUCUCUUCAGAUGUAUCUCCUUGCGAAAAAAUACCAGAUCCCCGCCCUCCUUCUCUUGGCCCAGGAAAGGUUCGUACGCUCAGCCGAAGUAUAUUGGACAAAACAAGACCAUCGAGUUGAGCCUUUGGACGACACAGAUCUAGAGCAUCGUUUGUCUUGGAAAACGGAAUGGACGAACCCUGAUGGUUUCGUCGAGGUUAUAGAUGACGUGUUUACCUACACUGAACCAGGCGACCCGCUGCGGCGAUUUCUUUGCAAUAUCAUCUCUCACGACUACUCGAUGCAAGCAGACAUACGAGAGAAGUUCAGGCCACUGAUCGAAAAACAUCAAGACUUUGCAGUCCGAAUGUUGGAUGGCAUGGUUCGUUACGCGGCCCUGAACGAGCGAACAAUGCAGGUGCACUUUGAGGAUGCUGCCAGACAGUUGCGGUGCGAGCCUGAACAUUUUGAGCAAAGGUUUGAGCAUAUUAGGAAUGUCAUCGCCCAGACGCUCACAGAACUCGAAGAGUACCGAUCUAUGCUCGGCGUGGGUAGCGACCCUUAA